AUGACACGUUCAGUAUCUAAGAUUGAGGCACUUUUAUUAGAAGAGCCAUUAGACAGUCUUUGUGGUGCGUCCGCAGUUUACCUGGCAAUAGAAAACAACCUUUUACCCCCUUUCGAGUAUGUAAGAGGAGUGAUAGACCGUGCAGUAAAUUCGUCACUGUUGAAGAUAGAAAGUAAUGAACGAAAAACAAAAAUAUUGGAAGUGUUAUCCCAG